AUGAAGCUGACUAUUGGCUUCAUAGUUAUUUGUGCUACAUUGUACGCAAGGGCAAGUAUUAAAUGCCCAGAAAUCGUCGACGCCAUUGUAGACACAUCGCCUGAAGAUGGAAUCCUUGGACAAGUGCUAAAGAUGCUGCAGACCAGAUUUGACUUUGUUGACCGUAAGUUGUUGGAGCUUCAAGUUGAACUGAAGAAGCAACGCGAGGAAGUCGGCAGAAACAUCAGUUUGCUCCAGGAUCGUUCCAAAUUGCACAUCUCGGAUUGUGUCAUACCAUCCUCGACACCUCCUCAGAUAGCAAGCACCGCAGCUACAACGGCAACAGAACCAACAACCACGACAACGCCAGCAACAACAACAACAACAACUAGUACCACAACACCACCGCAGCCUAAAAAACCAGCAUCGUGCAAAGAGGUGGCGUCGAACGUCUCCGGAGUGUAUCUCAUUCACGUUGGUAGCAAUAGUAUCCCAUUUCAAGUGUACUGUGAGAUGGAAAAGCAUGGAGGAGGUUGGUUGGUAGUGCAGCAUCGCUUCAACGGAUCGGUCGAUUUUUAUCGUACCUGGGAUCAAUACCGCGAAGGAUUUGGAGACCUCAACGGUGAAUUCUGGCUAGGACUAGAAAAGAUGCACCAGAUCACCUCGUCGCGUAAUCAUGAAUUGAUAGUAGAGAUACAAGAUUUCAGCGGCGACUACGGGCAUGCAUGCUACAACGGGUUCCGCAUAGGUAGCGAGAGUGAGCAAUACAGUCUCAAGACCUUGGGAGCAUAUAGUGGAACUGCAGGUGACUCAAUGACCGGUACUAACAAAGGGAUGAAAUUCUCAACAAAAGAUCGGGAAAACGAUGUGUCUGUUAAUGACUGUGCUCGUAACUUUCAUGGGGCCUGGUGGUACAAUGGUUGUACUUAUGCGAAUCUGAACGGAGUGUACAAAAAUGCGAUUAAUCACAAAUCAAUCCAUUGGCACUCUUUCAAAAACGAUUACCACGGUUUGAGCUUUUCCAGGAUGAUGAUACGCGAAUUAUAA